CCCCUCGUUUAUUACCCUUCUUGUCUUCUGUUUUGUUAUCAUAUACGCAGGUCAGUGUGUGUUUAUUUAUCAUUCCGCUACCAUUCAUUGAACUCUUAGGUGACCCUAGGUGGAAGCACAUAGUUGCAUAUAAGGACAUAGUUUGUCUACAGCAUUCCACGUUAACAUGAUGUGAAACCUGUUUCUCAAGCAGCAAUUAAUGGUAGAACUGGUUGAUAGUCAUUCGAGUAUUGAACUGCAUUUGUAUUCAUAACGGUCGACCCUUGUCUUCGGGUCCGUUCCAAAGUCCAUCGAUCAAUUUCACAGUUAAAUUCAUUCCCGUACAACGAACGCUUGUGUUUGGGUAAUGAGCACAAGAUAAGCGUAGAACAGAGAUAACUGAAUUACCGAAAAAACGAAGAUGAACCGUGAAAGUAUUUAUCAUCUGCCAGAAGGCAGCAAAGAAACUACAUUCUGUUACGAUGAAACGUUACCUGCACUACCGCUGCCCAAAUUGGAGGAUACACUCGAACGUUACUUCGAAUCGUUGAAACCGUUUGGUACUCGAGAGGAGCUGAAUGCAUCGAGAAAGAUAAUAGACGAUUUUCGGAAUGGUGUUGGCGGUAAACUACACGCUAUGUUAGCGGAGAAAGCUAAAAACGAGAAGAAUUGGGUCGCCAAAUGGUGGGAAGACUACGCAUACUGUACCUUGCGCUUGCCGCUCAUCCCGUACUGCGUGAUGGCGCAGCCUCUGAUGUUCGAUACGGUAGGUAUCGAUGCCAUUCCGGAGAACUUUCUCAAGAAUGCGGCAAUGUGCUGCACAAUCACGAUGCGCUUUUGGAAAUUGAUUCGUACGGAAACGCUUCGGCCGGCGGUGAUUGGCGACAAGAAACUGACAUUUUCGUCCGAUCUCUACAAGCGGUUGUUCAACACCGCGCGAAUUCCUGGGCUGGAGAUGGACAAGAUCGUGAGUUACUUCAGGACCGAAAAAGAGGGGCAGUGUAAUAGCGAUAUUAUAGUAAUCUAUCAAGGUAGAAUUUUCAAAAUGGAUGGACUUGACGAUCGUGGGGAUGUGUUAGAACCGCAGGAAUUUUUAUUAUGUUUGCAGCAGAUACAGCAUAAGGUCGAAAGUGAAGCAGCAAGCCAUUCGGGUGUACCAUUGUUGACAAACGACGAUCGAACUACGUGGGCUCGAAACAGGAACCAUCUGAUUGAGUUAUCAGAGAACAACAGGAAAUUGCUAGAGGAAAUCGAAAGUGCGGUUACAAUGUUUUCAUUGGACACAAACUGCCCGAGCAACUAUUCCGAAGUGGCUGCACGAACGCUGGCUGGAGAUUUACACUCCAAAUGGGCAGAUAAAAGCUGUGGUACUGUUUGUUUCCAGAAUGGAACAUUGGGGUGCCUUGGGGAACAUUCUUGCUAUGAUGGAACCAUUUCGGUAUCGUUCAGUUUGUAUGCUAUGUUGAGUAUAGUCGAGGAUGGGUUGCCCGAUUGGAGUGUUCCUCCGAAAAAGUUGAUUCUCCCUGUCGAAUUGGUUUUCGAUGUGGACGAUGAAAUGCGCGCAGAAAUCGAACGAAUGCAGGAGGUAGCUGACAAAGUGCGAGAUUGUGUAUGCGUAACAGUGGACCAGUUCAAUGGUUAUGGUAAAAACUAUAUGAAGUCAAAAAACAUUCAUCCGGACUCUUGGAUUCAAAUGGCACUGCUGUUGGCAUAUUAUCGGUUGCAUGGAAGCUUUGCACCCACCUAUGAAACGGCUAUGAUGCGUCAGUACUACAAAGGGCGGACGGAAACUUGUCGAUCGUGCAAUGUGGAGUCGGUCAAUUUUAUACAAGCCAUGGAAAAUUCAUCGGAGUCUGGUAGCAGUAAAGCGAAGCUGUUCCGCGCGGCAGCGAAUAGCCAAACAGUGCUGAUGAACGAGGCUCGGAAGGGAAACGGCGUUGACAGACAUCUGUUCGGUUUGUGGUGUAUGGCGUAUGAUCAGGGAUUGCCUAUUCCAGACUUGUAUGACGAUCCUCUGUACAGUAAAAGUGGCGGAGGAGGUAAUUUCUACUUGUCUACCAGCACUCUCGGAUUCACAAUCAACUGCGGAUUUGUGGCACCCAUGUGUAUGGACGGAUAUGGAUGUUUUUACUCUAUGCUAGCCGACAACGUCUGGUCUAUCAUGACGGCGUAUAAAGAUUCGGAAGUAUCGAGUUGUCACAAAUUGCUGGCUGCUUUCCAUCGUGCGAUGGAUGAUAUCAAAAACGUGAUGGAUGCGGAUAUCGGGACGAAGCUUUAAAAGUUAAUUCAUUUAGGUUUUAAUGCGAAACAUAAUUUCCAGUGGUAUUGGGUGACUGCGUUGUGUAUCGUUAAUAUAUUAUGUAAAUAAAC